AUGGCAAGAAACAAUGAAGCUACUACUGCUAAUGAGUCCAAGAGUGAAUCCAAGAGAGUGGUUCCACUCAAUACAUGGAUCCUAAUUUCCAACUUCAAGUUGUCUUACAAUCUUCUCCGUCGCCCUGAUGGGACUUUCAACCGUCACUUGGCAGAGUACCUUGACCGGAAGGUCUCAGCCAAUGCAAAUCCAGUUGAUGGAGUUUUCUCUUUUGAUGUUGUCAUUGAUCGUGAAAUAGGCCUACUCAGCCGUGUCUAUCGCCCUGCUUUUGAAGAUGAAGCUUCACCGAGCUUAACUGAACUUGAAAAGCCUGUGACUGCUGAUGUUGUACCUGUCAUAAUUUUCUUCCAUGGUGGAAGUUUUGCUCACUCUUCCUUCAAUAGUGCUAUCUAUGACACACUUUGUCGCCGCCUUGUUGGCAUUUGCAAUGCAGUUGUUGUGUCAGUUAAUUACCGGCGAGCGCCUGAAAAUCGCUAUCCUUGUGCUUAUGAUGAUGGAUGGACUGCUCUUGAGUGGGUUAAUUCAAGGCAAUGGUUGCAGAGCAAAAAAGACUCGAAGGUUCACAUAUACUUAGCUGGAGAUAGCUCUGGUGGUAAUAUUGUUCACAAUGUGGCGUUCAGGGCAAUAGAAUCCGAUGUAAAAGUGUUGGGAAAUAUACUGCUGAACCCUAUGUUUGGUGGACAAGAGAGAACAGAAUCGGAGAAGCGAUUGGAUGGCAAAUAUUUCGUCACACUUCAAGACCGAGACUGGUAUUGGAGAGCCUAUCUUCCUGAAGGUUCAGACAGGGACCAUCCGGCAUGCAACCCAUUUGGUCCAAAUGGUAUAGACCUCAAAGGAGUUAAGUUCCCAAAGAACCUUGUUGUAGUAGCAGGCUUGGACCUUGUUCAGGAUUGGCAGUUAGCCUACGCUGAUGGGCUUAAGAAGGCCGGACAAGAGGUUAAACUGAUAUAUUUGGAGAAGGCAACAAUCGGGUUCUACUUGUUGCCAAAUAAUGAACACUUCUACACUGUCAUGGAUGAGAUAUUUAGCUUCGUGAAUUCUGACUCUUAG